GAGGGCUAAUUACCAUGUAAACAAAAGAAUAAUAAACUGGCUGCCAUUUUGAAACAUGACUUGUUUUUCUUAGAAAUUUGUGGCACUUGCGCACUACGCCGAUAUCGCCAGGCUCACCUAGAAACACCUCUGAACUCUAGAAUUUGUUUAAUUGCCUUUAAAUGAAGGAGAAGUUAUUGCUUAAACAAAACCAUUUGGACUAAAUAGACAGUUGGGGACUGACCGUAUUCCAGUUUGUAAAAUAAUAAAAUUUCUAAGAGUUCGUGAACAUUUAUGAUAAAGGUUUGCAGGUUAUAUUUGACGAAAAGAACAAAAGUAGCCAAUAUAUCAACGAUUUCCUGCUGCUUAGAUGUGGCAGGCAAAAUCUUUUAUUAAACUAUGCUAAUUUUUUCACAUGAAAUGUGCGUCAUCAGGUUUUGACAGAGACAUGUAAUUUGAAACUUUCCAAAAUAAACAUUUUGUCCUGUGAUGGCUUUAUGACUGUGAUGAGGAACUUUAAUAAGGUGUUAAGUACACGGCUUUUCAGUGAAUGCUUAUUCGAUAGAGUUACAGUCAUAUUACAGAAGUGUUCGAGAACAUUUUAUCAACGCAUCGUUAACGUGCAUCAGAUAAUCCAGGAGCUCACGGGGUUAUUUAACUCUAGCAAAACACCUUAACUAUUGAAAACAUUCAAGAUUAUGGAAAAUCGUGUUUGUGACGAAUUGCUGCAAUACCAGCCGACGAAUACGAAAAAUGAAAACUUAAAAUCAUGGUACAUUGUUAAUAGUGUCUUCAACGCGUUCCUAGCUAUUACCGCCAUCAUCUUGAACAGCGUCACAAUCCAGGCUCUAAGGAAAUCUUCAUCGUUGCCAAAGCAUCCGAAAACAUUGUUUCUGAGUCUUGCUGUCUCUGAUCUUGGUGUUGGUUUACUUGUGGAGCCGUUAUACUUUGGGCUACUCGUGAAGUGGUUGUUACAGCGAGACAAUUCAUCUUUAUGCACCGCUAUUCUCGCUAUCUCGUACUUUUUUGCUACAGCGUCAUUUUUCGGAGUCAUGGCUCUAAGCGGUGACAGAUUCUUGGCUGUGCAUCUCCAUCUCAGAUACCAGGAACUUGUGACUUCUAAGCGUGUUGUUGCUUUGGUAAUAUCGAUAUGGGUGUUCAGUGCAUUUAUGUCGGUAUUUCGCCUCUCGGUCUCCCCGAACAUUUUUUACAUAGGGUCUGCUUUUACUCUAGUAGUUGGCCUCUUGCUCUCAGCUAUGCUUUAUUUCAAGAUUUAUUUUGCCGUGCGGCACCACAAACAUCAAAUUCAAGCACUACAGGUAGCACAGAAUGACCAAAUAGGUGCUGCUAGGCUGAGAAAAUCUGCAGUCGGUACAUUUUACGUGUAUCUAGUGUUUCUGCUUUGUUAUCUUCCGCAGGUUUGUAGUUUCACUGUCCUUUUAAUCUUCGGUUUAAGUACCGGGGUGAAAGUUUUUGUCAUUUCUUCAUAUACCUUGUUACUUCUCAAUUCAUCAUUAAACCCCGUUAUUUAUUGCUGGAAGAUGAGACAAAUUCGACGCGCUGUCAGGGACAUUGUGAGAAAUAUAUUUCAAAGUCACAACUAAUCCAACUAAGGAAAGCUUCAGUAAAUAACAGAUAGAGGGGCUGCGGCCAGAUGACCAUUAAGACAAUGCUUGGCACUUUUAACCAGCGUGAUAGCUACACUUGUCGAGUAGUAUAGAUAGAUAUACCCAGUAUGCCAUCAAGCGCGAUGUGGUUCAUACAACAAAUCUAAAAUGUAGGCCCAUUUUGUUAUAUUUAUCAAAGGAAAAUGUAACUGUUUGAGUAUACGAGUGAACAAGAACCUUUCGCACUUUCAAAGUUUGUGCGCUACAGAUCAGAUGGGCUAAAGAUGCAAACCUUUUGAUUUUGUGAAUAAAGCACCACUACCAAGGUGUUCACUGCAAUUUUUGUUUUUGGUUCCUCUUUUCUUUUCUGAGAUCCUUUUUUUUUUUGGUUAAUUUAUCUUCUGUUACUUAACGCUGGAAGAUGGGACACAUUCGGCACGCUAUCAUUUUAAUAUUGCGAAAUAUAUCUCCAUCCCCUGAACAACUGGGACCAGAUGAAUGACUGACAUGAAAUUUUCUUUGAUUCAAUAACUUUUGUAACAGAGAUGCUUGACUGCUUCCCUAAAAUUAUUUUUUUUUCAUAAUUUGAUAUAAUUUUCUAAUUUAAACCUCUGGUACGCCAAUAGUGACAUACAAUAGUCGGUCUACGUAACCUUAGGGUGAAUUCUGAAGUGGAAGUCGAUCAUUUUGCUGCAAGCGCCUUAGCAGACUGUUAAAAGAAUGUUUUCAUCGGUACACAAUAAAGGACUGACUGUUGUGAGCAGGUGAUAUGUAUUCAUCAUCUUGAACAAAACACGUUGUCAUCUUGUCAUCUAACAAGAAAUUCACUCAGGUUCUUUUUUCUUCAUCGAGCACACGAAGUUAAUAUCAAUCCGUUCUAGUUUUCUUGGAGGCGAUUUCCUGCAGACGACUUUUGCGGUGUCGUGUUUAACUACCUUCGUAUAUGUCUGUAAUGGUGACAGGCAGUAGCUGUAAACCAGAUCAGUAACUUGUCGAACUGGUUCAAGGAGAACUUGCUCCGGCGAUGUUUUGCAAUAUGGACCGUUAAAAUGAAGAAAUCUUGAAUUAAUUUAGCUGAAAUGCUUUUUUUAGGACUGAGCACAAAAGAAAACCUGGUAUUGUACGGUUUUGUCUUCCUGACAUUUAAAUUUAUUUAACGUCUUUGGAAACGCUUGAAAAUGCAUAUAUACAUGUACUUAACUACAAACACCUGCGAACUGUAGAAUUUGUUUGACUGACUUGAAAUGGAGCUGGGAAAAGUUUAAUAUUGCAUUUUAUUUUAUGGCUAGCUCCGUGAGCGGGCAAGAUCAACCAUAUUCUGUCCUGUGAUUGGCUACCCAAGCGGGCAAGAUGGCUCUAUCUUGCCCACUCAGGACCACCCGCUGUGUCCUGCCAGAGAAAUUUUCCUGAAAGCCAUAUAAUUAAAUAAAUCCUUUAUUCACCAAGCUUGUUUGGUCAAGAUGGCUGGAUACUGGC